ACGGAUAUUAUAUUUACGGUACCCCUUGUGUCCGGAUAAAAGGCAGCGAGCGCCAUCGUUCAUCACUCCCUCGUCCCCCUUCCACUUUCCCCACCUCACCCGGUCACCCCUUCUCUGCCUCGUCUCCACUCCUCCCCCCGCCGCCCUCGCCCCAGAGCCCCGCCGCGCGAUUGGGCUCUGCACCCUCCUCGGAUCCGCUGCCGCACGUCGUCGCCAAUCGACAUUCCCCGUUUCCCUCCGCCGGUUCCCGUUGCUGCGCCUGCCUGCUUUACCCCCUUACCGUUUCCUGACCCUGUCCUGGUUCGCGGGUUUCCCGAAUUCGCGCGCUCUUGCGGCGGCGAGAUCCGGCCCGCUCGUCGUAGGGAGAGGGAGCCGACCGCUCCUGAUCCGAGCCGCGCCCCGCGGGGGUUUCGUAUCCCGUUCUCCCUUCUGGUCCGGCCACAGGAUCGCAGUCGCAAGGCUGAGGAGCAGCAGGGGAGAUGGCGCCGCCCUACGUGCUGUCGCUGCUGCUGCUGCUGGUGCUGUCCGUCCCGGCCGUCUUCCUCGUCGCGCCGCGCCUCAUCCCGCCCCGCGCGCUCCCGGCCAUCCCGGACGCCGACGAGACGGAGGACCUCGCGCUGUUCCGCCGCGCCGUGCUCCUCUCCGCCGCGCCCUCCUCCAAGGCCGGCGCUGGCCCCGCCUCCCCCUCGCGUUUCUUCGGCGCUGCCCACCGCCGACAGAGGAAGCAGAAGGUGGCCUUUCUCUUCCUCACCAACUCCGACCUCGUCUUCGCCCCGCUCUGGGAGAGGUUCUUCGCGGGCCACCACGGCCUCCUCAACGUCUACGUCCACGCCGACCCGGCUGCGGCGUUCGCCCUCCCGCCCACGCCCUCCUUCCGCGGCCGCGUAAUCCGGGGGAAGGCCACCCAGCGCGCCUCCGCCACGCUCAUCUCCGCCGCGCGCCGCCUCCUCGCCACCGCGCUGCUCGACGACCCGGCCAACCACUUCUUCGCGAUGCUCUCCCAGUCCUGCGUCCCGCUGCGGCCCUUCCCGGCCCUCUACCGCACGCUCACCGCUGACACUGCCGGCCCGCGCGGCCGCCACCGCAGCUUCAUCGAGAUCCUCGACGCCGAGCCCACUCUGCACGACCGCUACUACGCGCGCGGCGACGACGCCAUGCUCCCGGAGGUGCCCUACGAGAGCUUCCGCGUCGGCUCCCAGUUCUUCGUGCUCACCAGGAGGCACGCUGUCAUGGUGGUCAGGGACAGGAGGCUUUGGAACAAGUUCAAGCUGCCGUGUCUCGUCAAGAGGAAGCACUCGUGCUACCCGGAGGAGCACUACUUCCCGACGCUGCUGGACAUGCAGGACCCCGCAGGAUGCACCAAGUUCACGCUCACCAGGGUGAACUGGACCGACUCCUUUGACGGCCACCCGCACACGUACCAGCCGGAGGAGGUGUCCCCGGAGCUCAUCAGGGACCUCAGGAAGUCCAAUGGCACAUACUCCCACAUGUUUGCGCGCAAAUUCGCGCCUGGAUGCCUUGCGCCGCUCAUGGAGAUUGCCGACUCUGUCAUUCUCCGUGACUAGGCUGCUUCUUAGCAUCCCUCCGUUUGCAUUGCACGACCGGAAGAGCUGAGGGUUGUGAUGUGAUGAACAAGCGUAAGCUGACCCCAUCCAUCCCCCCUUUGGAAUUCUUCAGCACCGAACCUACCUUGUUCUUCUGCACCUGCAGUUGCUCUUUGGCAAAAGAUCGAUGCCACGCCUCGGAGGGUACGGUGGCUGUGGCAGUGUCUGUGUCUGUGCCGACGGGCCCCGCGCUGCCUCUUGUGAGUAUGUUCUUUUUGUGCGUCCUUGUUUCUUUUCUUUUUUCCAGUGAGAGAGAGAGAGAGCUGGCUAAAGAUGAGGGAGAAGCUGGCACGUAAUAGGGUCGAUAGUUAAGCAUGAUCAUCCUGUGUAUUUGCAUGGAGACAAUCUGUCGGUACAUGCAGUGAUGGUUUGUAGUAGUAUAUGUUACAUAUAUUGCAUGUGUCAAUAUCACGCCUUGUUGAAAUACAUCAUUGUGUGUCGUGGCACCGGUGGGGGUGCCUUUUUCUAGUCAUCUGUUAGUGUACGUGUAGGGUCGACGUCUAACGUCUUGCAGGCUUACACCUGUCUUUUCUUCUUUGCUUAAAGCCUGAAGAUCAGCUUUGUCUUGUUCAGAAAAUCCUAAAGAGCAAAAGUGCAAUGCCAGUACUAACAAAUCAACUGACUACAGCAAGCAUUAAACAACGGAUUAUUAUAUCAUGUUCUAUGUUGGACGA